UCUGUGUUUGUGAAAUGAUCUGAGGCUCGGGGAGCUGCAGCGGGUCUGAGGGCAAACGGUGAGUGGCCAGGGUCCCGCCCCAGCCCAGCCCAGCCAUGGAUGCCUGUGCACGAAUCAGAGGGGUCCCGCUUAAGACCCGGGCCUCCAUCAGGCGAGAGACCAUCCAGGAGAGCUCCACUCUGAAUGUGAAGAGUCUUCUGAAGAGCAGAAAGGAGCUGUGCAAUGUCGUUCUGGAGCUGCCCGGCAGAGACCCAGUGUGUCUGACUGAGAUUCAUUUUGUGUGUUUACCCAGUCAUUCCAAUGGAGAGAGGCUCACACUACAGGCCCUGUCAGAUGCCCCAGCUGACUUGAUGGAGUUGCUUAAAUCACUACAUGUCCAUAGUCUGAAUGACGAAGAGGUGCUGCUGCUCAAAGAUUCUAAGAAACUGCUGGAGAAGAAAAGCAGUAAUUCUCAGAGCACGGGGUCGAAAGCCAUCUGCGUACUGCGGCACUUCCACAGCCUUCAGAGCAGUGUGGGAAGCACCCUGGGCCUGCUUACCAGGUACAUAGCAGGGAUACGAUACGCCCUGGAGCUGCGGUCUCUGCAGAGGGGCACGUCUGAGGCUGACGAUGAUGACACCAACCAGUCCGUCUCCUCCAUCGAGGACGACUUCGUCACCGCUUUCGAGCACUUGGAGGAAGACGAAACAACAGAUUACCCCUCUUCUACUGUGUACAACCAGCGGAACCAGCGUGAUGUGGCCUCUCAGACUGUCCCCUCCCGCUCCAAAGACAAGAAGGGCUCUCGGAUUAUCAUUAGCUCAUUCCCCAGGAAGCCCUCGUCCAAGCGAGCCUCCUCUCCUGAAGUGUCAGUGUCAGUUCAGAGCUCAGCAACAGCAUGGUCUUCAGGUCCCAGGAGCCAGUGGAGCAUCUACAUGUCAAAUAGUCCAGAGAAGGGUCGCGGUGUGUCCACCUCCCUUACAGAAUCCGAUGAGUCUAACUGCUCAAGCCCCAGUCCCAUAAUCUUCCUGGACGAAGUAGGUUAUCAGAAGAGCCUAAAAGCAAAGCUUGAAAUUCCCACAAUUCCUGUCCUCAAAGACGGAGUGGAGGACUCGGAUUCAGAAGUGAGCGAGUUUUUUGAUAGCUUUGAUCAGUUCGAUGACCUGGACCCAACCCUGGAGAGUACCUCCCAGGAGCCAAUCUCAACCAGCCAGACACACAAAAAGAAGCUCCCCGCGGGCUGUAGUUCCAAAUACGUUCCCAGGGGCGGCUCAGCAACAGCCAUGAACCCUCAAAGGUUUGACCACCCAGUUCCUCCUGCCAACAUCAGGAAACCCACUCCGCUCAAACCAGGAUCAGCGUAUGGUGCCAACGCUGAUGUCCCUGACUCUCCACGGCAAGUGAGGACGUAUGGAGAAGAGACCGGGGCACUCUUCAGUCCAGUCAGCUCGUCGGCUUUUAGCCCACUAGGUGAAGGCAGUACCUUGGAGUAUUUUUGGAAAGCAGAAGGAGACGGCUCAGAACUCCGCAAACCUCAGGACCUUUGCGCACUGUAUAAAACGUACUCUGAUUUCGCAAACAACAUGUCAAAGGAAAUUCUUGCUUCAGUCUGCGGGUAUUCGUCUCCAGUCGAUAUGAAUGUCAAUAAGAACCUGAGUUGCGUUUGUCAUAAAGAGUUUAAAAAUGUCAGCGGUUAUCUUAUGAAAUUGUCUGACAUACAGGAGACAGUUACCAUAUCUAAGUCGGAGAAACCACAAACGCUAACUGACGGAAUACAGAGGUUUGCCACAGACUUAGUGGAAAAGAGCCUUGGGAGUGCCUUCAGAGAUCUACAAAAAGGAGUAUCCUCUUGCACCACUACACUGUGCCAUCUAGCUGCAAGGCUAACCUCGUCAGUGUUUCAAAUGGCCUUUCAUGAGAUUGGCAUGAGACAUGCAUAUGUAUUAAAAGAACGUGCCAUAAAUGGUUUGGCUGGGUUCCUGGUUGGGGAAGCUUUGUCCGAGGCCCUUGAAGAGUUCCGCUUUGUGAAAAAGCAGAUUUUCAACAACACGGUCACCCGGUUUGCAGCAGAUCUUGCAGAAGAGUUAGUGUUUGAAGGGAUCAUGGAGGUUUGCCAGUUCUCACACCCGUCCACACCCUCAACUUCAAGUAAUUGGUCCUUUGAGCAAGAGGAGGAAGUGGUUUCUUCAUAUGCCUCAGAUCUCUCAGAGUCUGUUCUCCAAGAGGCAUUCAUUGAGCUUUCUCAAGCUGAGGUGACCUUCACGACACAGGCGGCUAUCAGCGUGUCUCUGGACAACAUUCACUACGUUAGUGCUGAGGAUACCUCUCAGAGCACAAAGACUUGCAAUGCUGCCAUGAAUUACUUAGGAUCGUCAUGCACACCUGAACUUCUCAGCGCAUCAGAAAAUCGCUGCACUAUGAAAAAAGCUUUGCUCUGCAUGUCUGGUAUUGCCAGCUGUGUUCCAGCACCUGUGGCUGGGAAAGGCAUCUCCCACUUUCAGGACCCAGCAGAUACUUGUCAGUAUAAAUCCAGUACUUGCUAUACAUCACAGACUAGUCCCAAGAAAAGCAGCUGUUCUGAACAGAGACUGCUGACAACAUCAGCUUUGGACAUAUCCACUGCAACACAGACAGAAUUGCAAGCUCCUGGUGAAAGCAGAGGACCACAUGAUGGGACUUGCGCCCUCAAAGCAGGAUCAAGCUUUGAGCCCAGUGAGAAUGUUUCUGAAGCUGCAUCAUCAAGAAAGACCCAUUUCCAGAACUUCUCCGGGAACAUGGUUGACUUGAUCGUAAGUGAAGCUUAUGAUCUCAUGAGCACUUCAAAAGUGAAGAAGACAGUGGAAGAAUGUGCUGGCUAUCUGAGCAAGAAAAUAGGAGGUUGCAUACCUUCGUCAGGUCAGGCUGAGUCUCCUAAUCUAGUCAGCGAAAAUAUCAUGGUGUCCAAUGACAAGCAGUUAUGUGUAAAAGGAGGUUCGGACAUCUCAUCCCUUAAAGCAGACGAAGGGUCUCUGCUUGAGAAGAAUUCAGGAGUGCAGAUUGAAUUGGAAGAGCCUAUACGCCAUUGUUCAGUAUCAGAAGAUAAACGAAAAGAUUCUGCCUACCUAAGGAAGGGAAGUAUUAACAAUCAGAGCUCCCAUUUUCCCCUGCAGCCUUCCUUGAAGAAAGAUGUCUGUGAAGUGGGCUUUAGCGGUCUACAUCAGUUCAGAGAAGUAGCCACUGAAACGCGCGCCUCAUCGAUGAAGGACACAUUAGAGGUGCCAGGAUUUGAACCGGCUGGACGGGGUGUCAGAAAGAUGGUCCCGGAAGAGGCACUCAGCAGCACUGGAAGGAAAUGGAAUGGAGUCCCAGGCACUCCACCGCCCUCUCCACAGCAGCCUCAACUGGUCUCUCAGGAGAAGCAGUUCAAGCAGUUCUCAAAGAAACUGAAAGGCAAGCUUGCCAAGGAGUUUUCCCCUGCCACCCCACCGUCCACACCGCAGUACCAGCCCACCCCUGGUCUGACAGAAGCUGGUGCCGACUCUGAGAAGGCCGACUUCAUGCAGAAGCUCAUGAGGUCUCUUUCUGAGGAAGCUGGAAGUAACGAGGAUGAGGAAGACUGGAGAAAUAACGGCUUCCAGUCUGGAAUUCAAGAUGAAGAGACUUUUCCGGAACGAAACCUUCCCUCGCAAACUGACCAUAAAAUGAUGCAGAAGGGAGCUCUCCGUUAUGCAGAGCGCUUAGCAUAUCACAUUGUGUCUAUGGCUACUGAAAUGGACACUCUUAGCUCGGAAGAAGGAAGGAAGUCUGAGGACAAGGAACACAAGCCCAGCCCUUUUGAGCGCAGUGCACGUUUUUCAGAGCAGACGUUACGCUCUUUAUGGACCUAUGCUGGGGAAAUGGCGGGGGAGGUGAUCAAUGAUGUGAAAAAGAUGGUGAGUUCUAAUCACUGCAGGCACAAAACUAUCAAGAGCAGCAGAGGAGAGUCUGCAGAAUGUCCCAAGCACUUAAACUAUAGAGAAUGUAGAUUAAACAGCCUGGCCGACCAGUGGUCCAGUGAACUUAUGACUUCAGUUCUAAGCCUCCAUAGCUCUGGGUCAAGUGGGUUGUCAUCUAAAUUCCCUAGCUGUGAGAGUGUUACCGAUGAGUACGCUGGGUACCUCAUCAGGGUUCUGAAGAGGGAAGGGGGCAGCAGGGAGCUUGUUUUGGAUCAGUAUGCCAGUCGCCUUGCUUACCGAUCUAUCAAGUCCGGACUGGCGCAGGCUGCAAGGAAGAUUAAGCAGAGGUCCAGUGCUAGGGCUCAUGCUUUCAGGAGCUUGAAUCAUGGUAGCACCCAGGAGGGAUGGAAGAGAUUUGCCAUAGAGACACCCUCAACUGAUGCUAGUGUGAAGGUAUCCCCCUCCAGUGACACUGUCCAGUGUACGUGCCAGAAGACCAGAGAUGUGAGCAGCGCAGAAUGCAUGGAACUUGUUAACUUUGCAGAGUCUUUGGCUUAUAGCAUCACUUGUGACGUCACAAGGAAGCUCAGAUUGUCAUCGGUUCGACUCCCUAAAUCCCUCACUGAUUCCUGCCUGUACAAAAAGGCAAAGCUGGGAGACAUGCCAGAGAAGCUCAUCAAAACCACAUGUUCAGGUCCAUUACUGCCUUACACAGAGAAAGACAAACAAUAUCACAGCACUGGCAGCUUAAAUGAGGGGAAUUACAGCGAUGGUGUUAUGCAAGUCAUUGAGCGCUAUGCAAGGAAAAUUGUUGAUGAUACUUUAGAAAUGACAUUGGCAACAACAGGCUAUCCAACUAUAGAAGACAAAAUCAGCUCGGAUAGAAAUUUAUACGCCGAAAAGCUUUCCAAAGCUGUACUGAGCUCUGCCCUAGCUGCAAAAGCCUGCCGCUACUGCGCCAUCAAGGAGCGUCCAUUUUGUAACCAUGUCGGUGGGCAGAACUUCCAGGAGGUUCACAGGAAGAAAAGGCAGGACGGUGAGGCAUUGUCUGAUAGCUGCUGCAACAGGACAAGAGCCUGUCUGGAAAUUCCAAAGAUUCACAUUGAUUUGGACAAGAGGGCCAGCUUUGCGGAAGAGAUGGUGUCGUCCGCGAUCGAGAAGGCAAGGCGGGAGCUGAGCAGCACCAGCCUGAACGCAGACAGCGGGAUUGGACACGACGGCGCAAGCUUCGCAGAGAGCCUGACCACAGAAAUCAUGGCAUCCGUCAUGUCUAACGUCUGCCAGGCCAUUAACAUCAGCUCCCCCGGGAGAGAGAGGACGCACACGUCGGAGUCCACCGUGAGCCAGCAGCCGAGUCUGAGCGCGGGGGACGACAGCAUCGGCAGCUGGUCCAACCUCAGCUUCGAGGACGAGCACCCUGAUGAGAGCAGCAGCUUCCUGCACCUGAGCGACAGUAAUGGGAACAGCAGCAGCUGGAGCAGCCUGGGUUUGGAGGGAGAGGCUUGCGAGGAGUGCGCAUCCCUCUCCCCAUCAGACAGCAACGGCACGGAGGAGAAGGAGACAGAGACCAAGGAGGGCUUAGAUGGGCCACGGCACGUGGAGGCAGAGCUUGGGAUGCUGGUGGUAAACACAGACCUGAGUGAGCAGGCGCUGGACCCACAGGUGAGGGCGGUGCUCCAGUGGAUCUCCGCCUCCCACUGCGACCUACCCAUGGUGCACCUCGGCCAGGCAGCUGACAGUGAGCUGGAGCUGCUGCCAGCGGUGCUGCAGAAGGUGAAGGAGAGGGGCUGGAGAGUGGGAGAGCUUCUGCGGGCGCUCCUCACCUACUGCGAGGAGCCGGAGCCAGAGAGACGCCGCGGACAGCCCCUCUUCCAGUGGCUGCUGGAGCGCACUUAGACCCCCGUGACCCGUAACGCCAAGGUUAGCCACUGCUCUGAGUGUCCUGCAGUAAGUCAAAGCUAACAGCAGCGUUAACCAUGAAGCUCCCCGUCACUGUGCAGUGAUGUGCCACGCAUCUGCCAAAAGAAGUGUUUGUCCGUAGUCUCGUCCCUCUACCAAGGGGAUGGUCAAAGGAAGCGGCCACCUGCUCUCGUAUUGGGUGUACUAGAAGAAGCCGCUGCCCAUUCUCGUAUUGUGUGCUUUGACUUUAGACAGCCUUUUAUGUUUUCGCUUAAGUUCCGUACACCUUCUGGUCUUUUGUGUUACUGUCUUUUUUUUCUUGUACUAUAGCGUACAGCACGUAUCCACAUCAGUGUGUGAUCUUUCCCGGCCAUGCCUGCAUUGUGUUGUCACACCCUGUUCGUGCGUUGUUAAAGACUCGGCGGUGUGAAUGAGACAUUGUUUUCCGUCACGGAAUCCCCCAUCGCUUGGAGGAAGACCACGUUACCUUCAUAUCUCUCUCCUCUGCGGGGUUGUUCACACAUGCUCAAGGACCAACCCAGCAAACCUUCACUGCUUCCAACAUGUGGGUGGAAGGAAUUUGGGGAAGUUAGAGUCUAUGGAGUAAAACAAGGAAGGAUUAUGGAAAGUACAGCAGUUAUUUGACACAACUGGUUGGAUUUGGUGGAUCGCUUGAGUCAGGGAGCGAAUAGCGUUGCUUAUUUUCUGUUAGGUUCUCUCAUUUGCUCAUUUCAGCAAGGAACUGACUGUUUGUGCACCGUAUUGAUGUGAAUGGGAUCAAUGUUCUGUGCUUUCAGUACCGUUUCUUUCAAUGGAUAAGCAUUAUGGCAUAACACAAGAGCAUAGAACAUUGACAGUUAUUUCAGAGAUAUAUAGAUUUAUUUCAGUUAACAAACAAAUGUUUACAGCACAUAUACAAUGCAAUCUAAGAAAGCCUCUACACUGUGCUUAUACUGUUUAUAGUCUAUAUGCCUUUAAGAAAAAUAUCUCCCGUGUCAUUAAAAGCUAGGAAGAAAGUCACUGCACAAAAUGCCCUAAGGCAUUGGGGGUGGUAAUUAACAUGAUCCAGGAGAGAAUGGCAUUUAGAAAAGGUGCCAGUUUACUUGGGGCAAAAUGUGAGUUGUGCUUUAUAAUGCAGAGAAAUUUAUUCCUGGUGAUUGACUUCAUUUUCCUUUAGACUUGAGGCAACAUGGACUUAUCACUCUGUAUGACCAACCUUUCUAUUCAGUGCUGUGUCCUCACGUGGGAAGGGUCCAGUCUUGCUGUGAUGCUAAAUUAGCAACACGUCAGUAAAAUCACAGCAAAGCUAGCGCAGCACAUCUGAUCAGCAUGUACACACCUCCCAGCGGCAGUCGGUACUCCAAAAUUUCACCACUCCUCUAUACACGGUUUAUAAAAGGCAAACCUCACUUUUGGGGAGAAUGGUAUGGAUGUAAGGACACAUCCAGGUGUGACAGGGUUGUGCUGCCCCCAAAGCAAAGCCGGACUUCAAGCUCAUCCGUCCCAAAGUACACUAAUUGUCGGGAAGCCAGUGAACCCGUCUUGUGUAAAAUACCUCAAAACUCUUAACCAGUAUUUACGUUUCUUAAGAGAAUAGUGGAACAGUGUCAAAGAAUCAUGAUAUCACAGGAGCAAGCAGGGUGAGGUAGGGGCUAGGUCACUGACCUCUGACCUCUGUGGGUCGUAUGUUUGAGUCUUGGAUGGGACUCUGCCUGGUACUUUUCCCAGUUGCUCCACAAAAGUCCAUCCAAAAGGAUGCUAAAUUGUUAGUUAUCCUAGAAAUGUUGCGCAAAUACAAGAUUAGAUGUAAUGACUGUAUUUAUCUUUGGUGUAUACGGAUAGACCAUACACAGUUGUUCUCUUGGGUGUUUUUUGCAUGCCAUAAUCCCAUUGCCAAGAUUGUACACUUCUGCAGCGCCAUUUUAUCUUCAUUUGUUUGCAUUAUUUAAAGACAGUAUGGGCUGCUAGUGGUCUUAGUGAUAUCGCUAGGCAACUGUUACCGUGUGCUCUCUCUGGCAGGGAACCAUUCUUGGUGUGGCAUG